AUGGUACCGCCUCAGGGCUAUUACAUGGCCCAACCUAAUCAAGUCUGUCAGCUUAAAAGGCCUUUAUAUGGCCUUGAACAAGCUUCUAGGCAAAGGAAUAUUGAAUUUACAGCCUUCCUUAAGACUUUGGGUUUUGUGCAGUCUUCUCAUGACCACUGUCUUUUCAUACAGCAUACUGACAUUGUGUUUUUUAUCUUGCUGGUAUAUGUUGAUGAUGUUAUAUUAACUGGAAAUUCUAUAGAUGCUAUUAAUAAAUGCAAGAUGGCCUUACAUUCAAAAUUUACCAUUAAAGAUUUGGGACCUAUGAAAUAUUUCCUAGGACUGGAAGUUACAAGAUCUUCACAUGUAACAAUUAUCAGCCAAACAAAGUUCAUUUGUGAUGUUCUCAAAGAUGCAGGCAUGCUUCAAUGCAAACCUGCAUCUUCCCCUUUUCCUAAGGGUUACAUCUGA